AUGGGAUCUGUCGAAUUGGCAAUGAGACUAUCAAAAAUUCUGAUCCUGGUCCCAGACACGGUCACACGUCAUUUUAAUGUUGUUGCUGCUGCUGUUGUUGCUGCUGUUAUUACUGCUACUGCUGCUGCUGUUACUGCUGCUGCUGUUACUGCUGCUGCUGUGUCUGUUGCUGCUGUUGCUGCUACUGCUGUUGCUGCUGCUGUUGUUGAUAAUACUGUUAUUGCUGUUGUUACUGUUGCUGUUAUUACUGUUGCUGUUGUUACUGUUACUGCUGCUAUUGAAUAA